CAAAGACCACAGCUCUUCAGUCCUCACUACUCCAUCUAAGCUUCACUACCGAAACACGAACUGUUCCAAGAUCCUUGCAGAGAGAUCAGAUGAAGACCUCCCUGCCGUUGGUUGCUGCUGCCAUUGUCCUCCUGCUGGUGAUGGCAAGGGUAGAGGGUAUCCGGCUGGAUGCAGAGAGCCAUGAGGCAUUCAGAAACCAGAUGGCUCAUAAAUCUGGGGAGACGGCAGUGAAGAACACUGGCGAUGAGCCAUCAGGUGAAAGCAUGGAGGAAACCAUUUCCGAAGAGAAAGAUAAGGUUGGCCACAGGCUGCCAGAGAUCCAUGUGGAUUACUUUGGUCCGAGGGGCCAUACGUCUAGACACCACUGAGCAAAAUAUUUCUUGAUCUUUUCCAUUAUUUAUUUAUUUUUCUUCUCCUUCUCUAGACGAAACCUGC